GUGAGGUCUUUUGUAAAAAGCGCUAUUCGACAUCCCAGAGCUACAUUUGCAUCCUCAACUACAUCUGCAUUUGCGUCUACGUCUACGUCCACAUUUGCAUCCGCAUCCAAUGCAAUUGUUCCAUAUAAAUCUGAACAGAAAGAGUGGAUGUGGCGGGUCACAUUACUUGAGUCGGGACUCAAUAUGAUUGGCGGUGCGGUUGGCAAUGCGGCUGGUGCUAUCGGUGGCGCUAUGGCUAUGGCUGGUAGCUGUAAUAUUAUGUGAGCAACAUCCACACCAAUUUGCUCUUAAUUUCCUCAUUUUUAUUACUAUAUGAUUGUAAAACUUUAUAAUUAAAACUCCAAAGGAGAUUAAGGUCUUGUUUACGAUUUGUGUGCAUGCAUGUUAAGUUGUACAAUGUAUUAACUCUAGUGUUUGUUUAAUUAUCAGUUUGUGUACUUUUUUAA